AUGUCCAUCAAGGUAUACGCAUGCCAAGCAUGUAAGAAGCAGCAUCAUACGCUUCUGCACUUCCCGGAUGAUGUAACCACUGGUGACAGUGUUCCUUCAGCAGCUACGAUGUUCACUGCCACUCAAAGAUCUCAGCCAAUCCUACUGUCAACAUUACUCAUCAGUGUCGCAUCAGUUGACCACCAGAAACAUACUCUACGAGCACUAUUGUAUACGGGAUCUCAGGUCAGUUUUAUCACGAAGCAGUGUGCAGAUCGCCUAUCUCUGACCCGCCGACGUUGUACCACAAAAAUCAGCGUGUUUUUAGGCACACCGGUUAACGUAGUGUCCGGCAUGACCACAAUCACAAUGUCACCAGUAAACCAAUCUGAACCAUCCAUUCCUCUUGAUGUUCUUAUUGUGCCGAAGAUCACAGAUGUCACACCUCAAGAAACUAUUCAAUCAACAUCGUGGCUUCACAUAAAUCAACUGGAUCUGUCAGAUUCAACCUUCCACACUCCAUGGCAAGUUGACAUCCUGCUCGGCGCAGACGUCGCACCAGCUAUUUUCACCGGUGACCGUAUUGUUGGUCAUCUACACCAUCCAACGGCCUUUGGCACUGUAUUUGGAUGGGUUUUGAUGGGACCAGCUGCGGCAAUGACACCCAAGUUAGUCACGUCAAUGUUAGUCACCUCUGAGUCGACACUCGAACAAUCCCUGUCAAAAUUUUGGGAGAUGGAGGAGCCACUCCAUAUACACCAUUUGAGUCCAGAUGAAAUCCACGCAGAAAGAAUAUUCACGUCCUCAGUGAAACGUCUGGCGUCUGGUUGA